AACCUUUCAGAAAAGAAAGGGGCAAGUGCGUGCGCGGCUAAUCUUGCAAGAAACGCGUACUUGCCCACGAUAAAGUGCUCUUCGCCACUCACGACUACUAUAGUGUGCACUCAGUACGUGAACGAGUCGGUGCGAACGACUCCCUAUCGUCCCGACCAUGAAAUCCGUCACUUUCGCAGUUGUCUGGCGGGAAAUAUGCCCAAUUAAUGCAUUAAUCGCGAAGACGUCUGUUCUCUUUUUGUUCACAGUGACGGCGUUGGCAAGUGAUGCACCUGUCAUUCGAAUCGACUCGGGACUUGUCACCGGCCAGAGAAUUGAGGUUGGCGGAAAGCAACUCUACGCUUAUCUCGGAAUACCUUACGCGCAACCUCCCAUUGGUGACUAUCGCUUCCGAAAGCCAGAACGUAUUGCUCAUUGGGAGGGUGUGUACAACGCCUCGAGCAAGCCCAAGCCCUGCCGUCAGCUUCCAAUACCUCUGGUAGGAAGGCUAUCACUGAACUACUCCGGAUCGUCAGAGGACUGUCUUUACAUGAACGUUUGGACGCCUUCAUCUGCGUGCCUAAAUAGUAAGACGGAGAACUGCAAGAAGAAGCUUCCGGUAGUCGUCUUUAUUCAUGGUGGUGGUUUCCAGUGGGGUGACUCAGCCCUCUUCCUCCACGAUCCGGCCAAUUCCGUUGCCCUGUCAGGCAUUGUGUACGUGACUUUCAACUACCGCGUGGGUCUUCAUGGAUUCCUCUCUCUCGAGAUCCCAGAGUUGCCCGGAAACGUUGGCCUUUGGGACCAGAACCUCGCCCUGAAAUGGGUGCGCAAGAAUAUAGCCGCUUUUGGUGGCAACCCUGACGAAAUCACUGUAGACGGCCAGAGCGCUGGCUCCAUAUCGGCGGCUCUUCAAGCUGCCUCCCCACAUAGUAAGGGGCUGUUCCAAAGAUUAAUUCUGCAAAGCGGAUUGCCCAUGAGCCUUGCUAUGGGUGAAUACUUUAGGGGAAAAGGUAAAUUCAUCAGCAUAGCCGGGUUUCUUGGUUGCUAUGACUCGAAGAGAACGCUCGACGAGCAGCUCACUGAAUCUAUCGGCUGCCUGCGCCGUAUGGAACCCGCGGAACUGAUAACGAAACUCGAGUCGCUUGACCUCGUGCAGCAGACCUUCGCGCCCAACGACAACGACGAAUUCUUGCCUUUCUCAGUUGCCUCUUCGGAACCAUGGAGUAACCUAAAUGUCAAGGAGCUGAUUAUUGGAACAACGGAGAAUGAGGCUGGGAUCUUCUUCCAUCUCGCUAUCAUGACAUUCCCAGAACUGGUGGAGAUCCUAAUGACAGAGUACAGGACGGUGUGCACAAUUGUUAUAACUCAGGCACUCGGGCUUCCCAUGAUGCAAGCGCGCAGUAUAGUGAGCGCUUAUUUCGGUGACGGCGACGACGACAUCAGCUACGAAGAGCUCCGAGACAUUGUAAGUCAGAUGAUUGGCGAUGUACUCUUUGACUGCCCUGCGCAGCUGUUUGCGGACACAACGUCUAAAAGUGGCGUCAAGACGUAUAGGUAUGUGUUCGCGCACAAGGGAUCCCACAGCAUCUUCCCUAAAUGGAUGGGUGUAACGCAUGGUGAGGACGUGCUGUACACUCUCGGCUCGCUUCCUUUUCUUAAAGACAAGAGCCGAUAUACCGACCCUUUCGGUGACAUUGGCAAGAGAUUCCUGGCAACCCAGGACUACACCGCCGAAGACGAGGGCUUCAUGAAAGAAGUCGUUAGCGCCUGGAAUUCCUUUGCGAGUACAGGGAAACCGGUCAUUCCUCAUCUGAAUGUCGACUGGCCUGAGUACACAAUGGGAAAUCCCCAAAUGCUGGUGCUGAAGCCCAACAACUACACCAUCGUUCAAGAUACCAAGCGAGAACGGUGCAAGCUUUGGAAACCAGUCCUCUACAAAAGUGACGACUCCCUGAAGGCCGAAAAGGCACCAGCGCUAAGCCUACCAAACCAAGUAUGCGCACGUCCACGAAGAAAAAGAUAUCGGGCCUUGGCAAAGAGAACAUCGUGUCCGCGUCUCCAGCGAUGAUCCACUCAUCUAGCGUGCUCACAUCCAUGUCUUUAACGUGUUUGUUAAUCUGCUUUUUGGACGCAAGGAUUUUCCACAACUGAAGGCCGUGGUGGAUAUUUCGCUGAUGCACUUGAAAGACCUAUGAAUGUGUUCUUCUGUUAUUUUUUUGUUUUUUUUUGUUUGUGUUUUUGUCUCUGAGAAUGACAGCCGACACAAUGAUCGUGGCUGGGGUCAAGGGCAAGUUGUCGACUGCGCGAAAAAUGCAAGGCAAUCUCACUCAGAGGUCAGAGGAAAUGUCUCGUCCUUUAUUUUUAAUUUUUAAUUUUUUCAUUUGAAAAUUUUCAAAAAUCACCUUUACUAGAUAAUGCAGUUAUAAUGCUUAAUUAAAUUACUUUGGUUCUUGGGUUUCACGUUCCAAAAUCACGAUAUGAUAAUGGGGCAAGUCGUAGUAAUAGGGCACUCCAGAUUAAUUUCAACCACCUGGGGCCUUUAACGUGCUCCUAAAUCUGUACACUAGCGUUGAUGCAUUUCGCGCUCAUCGAAAUGCGGCCGCCGCUGCAGGGAUUGAGCUCGCGACCUUGAGUUCAGCCAUUGCCGCUAAGACACCAUGGCGGAAAAUUAUAAUCCUUCAGUUGCACUACUUAAAGAGGCGGCAAUCUCUAUCGAAACGCAAUAUCAAAUAAUUAGCAAUGUCUCUCUGGUCAACUUUUUAACUGAUCCCAUUAGGGUAUAUUUUGCAACUUACCAAUUGAAGCAGGUGAGUUCUCAAGGCACAUACACUUGGAACGAAUUAUAAAACUAGCAAUAGUUAUGAGCCGCCGUCAAAUUUAAGGUUAUAUGAAUCGUUAUUCCUUUUACGUUUUUAACAAAGCACUUUUUUAUGCAUUGCAGGAGAAAGAAUAACUAGAACACCGAUGCAUUUCGUCGUACGCUAGCGGAACACAAUUCCCGAAGUUGAUGGCAUUAUCAGAAUUGGUUCCAAGGGGAUAUAUGUCUUUAGAACUCACCGGCUGCUAUUUGUAAAUCGCGAUACAUGCCGUAAAAUAUUUAGCAAAAAGUUAAUAAAUAAUUUUUUGUUAAUAAUUGAACUGCGGAUGUUGAUUUCGCGUGCAAAUAAUGUCGGCCUCUUCAAGUUAUCCUGCUGAUAAAGUAGAAUUGUGCUUCUUGUGCUUCUGAAUUCUGCCACAGGCGAUUUCUAAACAUUCUGCUACGUCUAACAACAGCAGCAACGAUGGCGACGAUGACGACAACAUAGACACUGUAUAUAACUAGGGUGUAAAACUGUAUCAUGCGGUAACUUGAGUGUUAUUCGGUAAUUAGAGCCCAUUCAAAGCUACGUGCACACUUCAUGGGCAGUUAUCUUGGAAGUCAGUCGCUUUUUGCAAUCUCUACAGAAUUUGUCUAGCGCCUGCUGAUGUAGGGAUGUUGGGAUCAGGUAAGUAAGUAGCUGUAGAUAACAAGAAAAAAUUACAAAAAACGAGAAAAAACGCUGUUUAUUGAUAUUUUCCCUUUACAAAAGAGUGUGUCUACUCUCGACUUGAUGAAAUUCUUAUCGCAAAUCACGGAAUGGCAACGUGGGCUGGAACAGGCAACGUCAAAACAACAUCGUAGAACUUAACUUUCACGCACCGGGAGGCAACAAGGUGAUGUUGAAAAACAAAUAAUACAAGCAAACUUUAUCAUGACAUGGAUGAUGUGAUAACGGCAUGAACUGAACGAACCAGUCUGUACUGCGCAUGUUCCGCGAUAGUACCACUACAAGCAAGUCAGUGAUAAGCCACCCACCUCGCCUAUACUCCUGUGUUUUGUGGCUGAUGGUGUGAAGUCCAGUAAUGCUGAUGUUCAAAUCCUUGAACCAGUCACGCCCAAGCAGUGUGCUACCUUCGUUCCUUACAACGAGAAGCGGCAGUUUGAAGUCCUGCUCCUUAAACUUCACUGGAACGAUAGCCUUUUCCGAUGACGUGUAGUCCUUCCUUGGUCCAAGUUAGGAGCUGGGUGUCUGCUUCUUCAAGCUGAACGCUUGUUGCGACCUUCAGUUUCCUGAACAAUUUUUCGCUGAUAAUUGACCUGGCUGCUCCGGAAUCAAAUUCCAUCGGUACCGUUUCUUCCGCCAAUGCUUACUGCAACCAUAAACUUGGGACAACCGGUGGUUACUUGGCUAAUACUUCGCAAGUCAUCAUAUUCGGUUUGCGCUGAACUUGCGCUACCUUCCAGCUGGUGGUUUAGCUGCCCACCUUUUUUCUUCCGACACGCCUUGGCUAUGUGGCCUUUGCGGAACAGUUCAAGCAUACUGCGUUUUUAAACUUGCAGCGAUAACCAGCGUGGUUGCCUAAGCACCGGAAACACAGUCGUUCCGACUGUGCGCCUGAAGCCUUUUCAUCUUGCCCUUUUAUCAGACGUUGCGUGUCCACUUUGGCUGUGAUAUCUGGGCUUUCGCGACGCUGACUGCCGAUAGCUCUUUGAUGUUUUGUAGCAGACUCGGCUGUGAUUGCCAGGUCGUAGGCUGUCGCAAAGGUCAGGUUCUUCUCCGCCAACAGGCGCUGCUGCACUGUGCUGUCGGAAAUUCCGAAAACUAAUCGGUCCCUGAGCAUUAUGCCAAGCGGGAGCUGCUUGUCGCUGAAUCCGCAGUUCUCGGAUAGCUUGCGUAAGGCUGUAACGUAGUCAGCCACACUCUCACCGUCGUGCUGAUCUCGUUUGGAGAACACAUACCUCGAGUACAGCUCGGAGGGCUUCGGAUUGAUGCGAUUCUUCACAGCUUCUACAAUGGACUGAUAGUCCGCGUUAGGCGGCCUAGGCGGCUUUACGAGGGUAGCUAUCAGGGAGUAGGUCUCCUCCCCACAGCAACUCAGCAAUGCUGCCCUCUUUUCGGUGUCUUCGGUGAGCUUGUUGGCUGCGCAGCAUAACUCAAUACGCUCAACGUAAUCUUCCCAUGAAGAGUUGCUGUUAAGGUGAAACUCACCGAGGCGAACGCCGAUGGCCAUCUUGCCGGAACCGCCCCUGCCGCGUCGUUCUGUCACCACGCAUGUUGCGCUGGUCUUUGAUAUUAUCUGCUUAUGAAUACAAGCUGGAGUAUAGAAAGACGCAAGAUCAUGGAAAUGCUGACUGUCUUAGCAGGCUUCCAAUACCCGGAGACCGGCCGGAGAUCGAGCCGCCUAGGCGACGUCCUUAUGCUGGAAGCAGUUGAGUACCCGCCUGUGAGUGCAAAAGACAUCGCAUAAGCCACUCAGCGCGAUCCUUGUCUGUCCCGUGUGAAGGAAUGGGUCAUGUCCGGCUGGCCUGAACAAGGUGUGCCUCCAGAGUAUGCCGCCUAUCAGGUGAGGCGCAAAGAGUUGUCACUUCACCGCGACUGCCUCUUGUGGGGUAACAGGGUGAUACUGCCAGACGAACUAAGAAAAAAAGUUCUCUGCAUUCUCCAUGCAAACCAUCCUGGCAUUACGGCCAUGAAGGCUCUGGCAAGAUCAUUUGUGUGGUGGCCGAAGAUGGAUGCCCAGAUCGAAGAUCUUGUUCGUCAUUGUAAACCAUGCCAAACAAACAGGCAAAGCGAACCUAAGACGCCUGUCCACUUCUGGACGAAGCCCGAACGGCCAUGGAGCAGAGUUCAUUUAGAUUUUGCAGGGCCAGUUCAGGGUGUUUUCUUUCUUGUUGUCGUGGACGCGUUAUCAAACUGGGCCGAGAUUGAAAUCAUGCCAUCGCUUCACUCGUCAGUGGUGAUCGAUAAACUCCGUCGCAUGUUUGCUUCGUACGGACUACCGGAGUUGGUCGUUUCUGAUAAUGGUACAGCGUUUUCAAGCCAAGAAAUGCAGUCUUUCUUGAAGCGAAACGGUGUCCGCUACAUGUAUACAGCCCCAUAGCAUCCCGCAAGCAACGGAAGAGCCGAGCGCAUGGUUCGGGAGCUGAAGUGUGCACUUCGAAAACAGAGCCAAGGUACAGUGACCUGUAAAGUGUCGCGUUUUUUAUUCAAGCAGCACUCCACGCCACACACGGAAACGGGGAAAACGCCAGCAGAACUCAUGCUGGGAAGGAGCUUCCGUUCUGCCCUGUCAAGCAUGCAGCCCGACGCCAACGACGCAGGGUGUACGAGACAGCCAAGGUCGACAUUCCAACGUGGUGAUCCUGUGUACGUGCGGAACUUCUCUCGUGGUCCAAAGUGGGUAUCCGGGCACGUGGUAAGGUGUUUAGGCCACGCCAUAUACGAAGUGCGGACUGCGGACGGUUCGAUACACAGACGUCAUCGGGACCACGUGCGCAGAGCAUGGAAAACUACUCCACCAGACAUCACUGACCCUCAAUUCAUGUUUCCAGCAACGCCAGCUAUAAGGCCAGCAGCUACCGGGCCGACAUCGACUGUACCGGAAACAGCGCAAGCGUGCCGCCGCUCUACUCGUGCACGACGACCUUAUGCUCCGUUAUGGCAUCGACUGCUAGGGGGAAGGGAUGUGAUAACGGCAUGAACUGAACGAACCAGUCUGUACUGCGCAUGUUCCGCGAUAGUACCACUACAAGCAAGUCAUCGAUAAGCCACCCACCUCGCCUACAUAUACUCCUGUGUUUUGUGCAAUAAAGUCUUCUUGCAAAGGCUGCUGUGUCGUCUACCCAUCGGUUAUUACAGAUAACUUUCUGUCAGAUCUUUUAUUUAGUAAAGCGCGCAAUAUACAAUAAAAAAGCCAAUGUCUUUCUCGCGUGCGACUUACGCAUCCACCCACGCAGCAAUUCGCCGGCGUGCCGAACUGGCAUGGCGGACGCACACAAAACGAAAGAAACUAUGGGGGCACCUAAGCAAUUCUUAUGAUGUGUAAAUGCGAGAGAAUUACUUGUCGCUGAGUGUGUCACUUAGUUAUGUCGCUGAAUUUAGUGUUGCGGCGAAAUGUUGCUGAGUUUAGUGGUGCUGCGUUAUGUUUCCGAGUGUAAUGUUGCUGCUUAUGAGGUCGACGACAAACCGGCCAUAUUGCGAUCUGCCAGCCGAGUUUUAUUUGCGGAGUUCUCAUUAAAGUAGUGUUUCACGCA